GGUGCAGGAACUCGAGGACGAGGAGGGGUUCGACUUCGGAGGAGGUGGUGAUAAGGAAUAAGAGAUUGGCGUGGGCGAGGGAGAAGACCAGGGUUGGAGGGUUGGUCUGGGGGAGGUAGAUCAGGUUCGGUCGUGGGGUGGGAUGGGAGAGGUAGAAGGGGAGGAGGUAGGAGGGGGAGAGGGGACGGGAUGUGUAGGUGUGGGAGAGGAUUGGGCUGCUUUGGAAAAAGGUGUCAGCAGAAGAAGUAUAAUUUAAAGUGGAGAGAUACCUUACUUGUGCUCGUCGUAGAUGUGAAGCGCCUCGAUGACCCCGUUCAUGGUGGGCAGCUUGGUUAGUGUGUGGUUGAAUGUGGUUCAGUUGGGGGGAAGCUGUUUGUUGGCGGGCACUGACGCAAUGAGCUGUGGGAGCUUGCACCUGCACGGGUCCUCGGUGUGCCAAACGCUUGGCGCGCGACAAGGCCGUUUUGACAAGUGGGUCUUGAAUUUGAUGUUCCUGAACGUCUCAUCCUCGAGGUCUCUCACUCCGAGUCAAAUAACACCCAUAACUCACAUCUACAUAACAUCUCACAGAAAUGGCCAAAGACGACAUCCCACGCCUCUCCCAUCUCGACAGGCCCGAGAAGCUUGAGGAUCUGCUCAAGCAAGACAGAGAUGACGACUGCCUUUCGUGCAGGAUAGUGGGCGGCGGUGCAUUCUUGGGUCUUGCUGGUUACAGCUAUCUCUCCGGUCAGCAACAAUUACAAGCACAAGAGGCUGCCAUCUUGGCUUCAAAAUCGAGAUUUGGUAUGCGCAGCAGGAGUGCCGCCAUCACGGGUCUCUCGUUAGGAUUGGCCUAUCUGGGUCUGUAUAGGCUGUUUAAAUGAGGAAAGGGAGGUGAUGGAGGGACGAAGAUGAGCAAUCACCACUCAAUUGGGAAGACACCAGCUGUCAUCUGACUUGGGCAUUUCAAGAUCUAUGUCUCUUCGAAUCCAAAGGGACCAAUGGAAAAGAACACCGCCGAGCCAAGUCAGGGAGCCAGAGGGAAGACAAGUCGUAGGAGGAGAGGGUGUAGAAAAUAGCCUGUACCAUAAUGUGUAUAUUACCAUCUAUUGCAUCCACACCACAUCCUACAUACAUCGGGC